AAAGACAAACUUGAAGUAGGUUGUGGAGUCCAAGCCUUCCGAUCGUUUUGAUAGCCAAAGCCACCCAAUCAAAAGAAAAAAGCGCGACUCUUGAAUUUCGGGAGAACUGGCAGCAGAGCUGUACGAUAUUAUCAAUCGGCAGCUCAGAACGAUCAAUGGCGGCAGCUGAAGCUCACUCGGGUGAAGAAGAGUACCUCGAUGUCCUUACUAAGGCCGGCGAGAAGACCGGCGUUUCCAAACCCAGGGGAGCAGUUCAUCGUGAUGGAGAUUAUCAUAGAGCAGUACAUGUAUGGAUCUAUGCCGAGAGUACCCAGGAGUUGCUGCUUCAGAAGCGUUCUGACUGCAAGGAUUCAUGGCCUGGGCAAUGGGAUAUUUCGAGUGCUGGUCAUAUAUCUGCUGGCGAUUCUUCGCUUAUAUCGGCGCAGAGAGAACUUGAGGAAGAGCUGGGCAUAGUGCUCCCAAAGGAUGCGUUCGAGUUAAUAUUUGUUUUUCUCCAAGAAUGUACGAUAAAUAGUGGCACAUAUAUCAAUAAUGAAUUCAGUGAAGUGUAUCUGGUGACGACUCUUGAUCCAAUCCCUCUAGAGGCCUUCACACUUCAGGAAAGUGAGGUAUCUGCUGUUAAAUAUCUACACUACAACCAAUAUAGAAGCCUUCUCGCGAAAGAAGAUCCUGAAUAUGUGCCAUAUGAUGUUGAUGGACAAUAUGGACAGCUCUUUGGAAUAAUUGAACAAAGGUACAAAGAGAGCACAGUGGCACGCUGUUUGGCCCUGCAGAAACAAAUUCAGCGUUAUGCUUCAGUCACCCUUAAUCCUGAGUUGACAGGGCUUUCAGAAGGAGAUAGGAAAGCUCUGGUUUUAAUUAUUAAGGCUGCGAGAGUUAUGGAUGAGAUCUUUCACCAGCAGGUAUGGUACAGCAACCCAGCUCUAAGAGCUUGGUUGAAAGAGCAUGCUGCAACUUCAGAGUUGGACCAACUAAAAUGGGUAUACUAUUCGAUUAACAAGAGUCCUUGGUCCUGUCUCGAUGAAAAUGAGGCAUUUUUAACAACUGCCGAUUCUGCAGUUAAGUUCCUUUCUCAAUGUUCGAAACCAGUUACUGGAUGGAAGGGUCUUGAAUAUAAGGCUGCGUUCCCUAAGCUGAAACCACCUGGUGCAAAUUUCUAUCCUCCUGAUAUGGACAAAAUGGAAUUUGAUUUAUGGAAGCGUGGGUUACCAAAGGAUCAACAGGAAGAAGUGACAGGAUUUUUCAAUGUUAUUAAGAGGCAAAGUGACCUAAGCAUUGAAACUUCUAUGACUAAUCUUGGGGUCGAAAAUCACGAUAAUGAUAAUGUGGCGGGGUCUGCCACUGACCUAUAUGCUGUUCCCUACUGUGAAGAAUAUAAGUCAUCUCUCAUGAAAGCAGCUGAACUGUUACAUGAAGCUGGAAAUCUAACCAGCUCAGCUAGUUUGAAGAGGCUUCUUCAUGGAAAGGCCAAAGCUUUCUUGUCCAAUGACUAUUAUGAAUCUGACAUAGCAUGGAUGGAGUUGGACUCCAAGUUGGAUGUUACUAUUGGUCCUUAUGAGACAUAUGAAGAUGCUUUAUUUAGCUAUAAGGCUACAUUUGAAGCAUUUGUUGGAAUACGAGAUGAUAAGGCGACUGCUCAAUUAAAACUCUUUGGUGAUAAUUUGCAGGUAUUGGAACAAAAUCUCCCAUUGGACAGUUGUUACAAAUCAAAAGAUGUCAGUGCUGCUCCAAUUCGUGUCAUUAACCUUGUCUUCAAUGCAGGGGAUGUGAAGGGUCCUCAAACUGUUGCUUUCAACUUGCCAAAUGAUGAGCGCAUUGUAAAAGAUCGAGGAACAUCAAUGGUCAUGCUCAAGAAUGUUUCAGAGGCAAAGUUUAAGCAUAUUCUCCAACCUAUAGCCGAUGCAUGCAUUUCAAGAGAACAACAAAAGCUUGUAGAUUUCGAAUCUUUCUUCACUCACACAAUUUGCCACGAAUGCUGCCAUGGAAUUGGUCCACACACUAUUACACUCCCAAAUGGUCACACUUCUACUGUAAGAAAGGAGCUUCAAGAGCUCCACUCAUCUUUGGAAGAAGCAAAAGCUGAUAUAGUUGGUCUUUGGGCACUGAAGUUCUUGAUUACCCAGGGCUUGCUUCCGAACAACUUAGUGAAGUCCAUUUAUGUGUCUUUCCUAGCGGGAUGCUUCCGCUCUGUACGUUUUGGUCUGGAGGAAGCUCACGGUAAAGGUCAAGCUCUGCAGUUCAACUGGUUGUUUGAGAAAGGAGCCGUCAUUCAGCAGGGUGAUGAAACAUUCUUGGUUGAUUUCUUGAAGGUUGAAGGUGCAGUUGAGAGCUUGAGCAGGGAGAUACUAACCAUACAGGCGAGAGGUGACAAAGCGGCUGCAAGACGUCUGCUCGAGAAGUACGGUACAAUGACGCCGCCGCUGAGAGCUGCUCUGCAGAAAUUAGAAAUGAUUCAGGUACCCGUGGAUAUUACUCCUGUAUUCCCAGCAGCUGUUGACAUAAUAAUGGAAUAAAAGGAGACGGGCUUAUGUUAAGGAGCAUGCAUGUGACUGAUACAUACCUUCCCCCUCCCCCCCCCCCCUUUCUUUUCCUAGAAUUUACAAAUGUAUGGGUAUAUAUAUAUAUAUAUAUAUAUAUAUCUGGUUGAGUCCAUGUUUGUUCCAACUUUGUAAGUUGAUUAUUUGGCUGUAAGUGAUGAGCCAAGAAGUCUAUACGACUCUAAUAUUAAGUGAUGAGCAACCAGAUGCUCUCUCGUCUCAUAUAUAGUGCGAAGUGUUGAUGCUUUCCUCUCUGAUGAUAGUAAAGUGUUGACUUCGGCGCACAAGGCCGUGA